AUGGUAAAGCGGGUGUUCGAUGAGGGGCUUGUCCGCGAGGUUGAUGAAAGCGGCCCCACGCGUUAUCAUCCGGGGAUCACGCGGGAAUUGAUUGAGGAGUGGUCAGUGAGGCCCUAUCGCUUACACAAAAGCUUUAGGGACCUUGUAGCUUCUGCUGAUGGCGGUUGUCACUCGUGUGCCACACUCGUCACCCGGCUGGAUGGUCAAGUCGACGACGCUCGGAGCGAUAAAGCAGUUUAUAUUGAGAACCGGCCGCUAUUCCUUCCACCCGAUGUCCGACAUGUCAUUGGGAUGUUUAAAAUGAUGGCCUUGGAGCCAGAUCUGGACAAUGAGGCUGAUGAGGGCCUACCAACUGUGGUCGUUGCCGUUCGCGCCGAAAGAGAUCCUGAAAAGCCAAUUUUCUGGGACCCGACUCGAGAUGUCGCUGUGGAGUAUCUCUCUUUUGAGAUACGAGGGGAUGAUCGAUUGUACCACUCGAGGCACAUUCAUUGGGGCCGCGGAAAUGUGCGCCGGCAAGUGUCGCCCAUAGUGGACGCUGGUGACAAUCUCAAAGUCAUUAGCUCUUGGCUUCAGUCAUGUCAGACCAGCGACUCUAGAUGCUCAACCUCGAAUCAGGAGCUUUUCAAGCCUACAAGACUGAUUGACGUGGGCGACCCUGGUUCAAGUAACGGAAACCCACGUCUGGUCAAGGGUGACGCCCUCGAAGGGGAGUCGGCCGCGUAUGUCGCGCUGAGUUACUGUUGGGGCAUUAAAGGGCAGCAGCAUCCUUGGAUCUUGACCAAGGAGAAGCUGAAAGUAUUUGAAGAUGGGAUACCAUUCGAUGCGCUGCCAAAGACCAUCGCUGACGCUCUAGCUGUCACGAGAGCGAACAAUAUCCGGUACCUUUGGGUUGACUCAAUCUGCAUUGUCCAAGAUGACCCCGAGGACUGGGAACAUGAGGCUUACCACAUGAGCCGAGUCUACUCAAACUCACUCUUCACCAUCAUCUCGGGAUCUGAUAGCGCCACUGGCGGUCUUUUCCUGCCCCGUGACCAGCUCAAGGUCAGCGCAGCCGAGGUCACUAUUGGCCCGGAAGCAGGAUCACCAACACAUCAACUCGUGAUGUACCCUUCUUUGGUCGGCGCAACUGACACAACUGGAGGAGGGGCGACUUCCAAGCGUGCAUGGUGCUAUCAAGAGGAACUUCUCUCGGCGCGGCGACUGUAUUUCUCCAAGAACCAAUUUCAGUGGGCGUGUUUGUGCUCCCAGCACAACGAAGCUGGGAGGCACUGCCCCGGCGAUUUCAAGUCAACAUCUUACACUACGCCAACAUACGAUGCGGAAAUCCUCUAUUCUGGCAGCAGAGUCAUUGGGGAAUGGUAUAACCUUGUUAUGGAGUAUACGUCUCGGUCGCUCACAUACCACGGCGACAUUUUUGCAGCCCUGGCUGGUAUUGUCGCAGCUCUCAAGACCAAGUACUACUACGAUGAUACAUGCAGGUACCUGGCUGGCAUGUGGGAGGAUGAUAUGAUGCACGGCAUCCUAUGGCAGAGGGUAGGCAGCUCUCUUGCUCGCCCGUCCGAGUUCCAAGCUCCGAGCUGGUCCUGGCUGAGCGUGCAAGGCAGUGUCAUCUAUGGCCGGAAAGAUCCGUUAGGGGCUUCGACGGAUGCUGAAUUUCUUGGUUGCGAAAUCAGUACCCUGAACGGGAAUGAGUUCGGGACAGUAGCGCCAGGAGGAAAGUUGCGCCUGCGGGCGCGUCUGUUGUCCUGCGAAGUCGCCGCAGUAAACGACGAGCAGGACAUAGAGAAAUUGCAUAAUACAAUGCAAGACUUGCCUGUGGAAGAGACGCCGCUUCGCAGGAAAAAGGGGUCAAGCCGAACUGAAAGCCCUGACUCUGCCGAUCCUGACCGCCAAGAAGCCCACGAGGGCGAAGAUGUAACAGACCAGGGCCACGAUACAAUGGAUGACAGCGAAGCUGGAGAAAAGGACGAUGACGAGCCGAUUACCGAAAGCGAAAUCAGUGAUUCAGACUCUGACACAGGUUCGGGAUACGUUCUCCGAAGCGCGCCUUGGGAAGCGCCAGAUCCAACAGGACCUGUCAGGCCACCCGGCAACCGUCUCGACAUGAUCGCCCGCGUCAGACUAUCUACCGGCCGUGAAUUCGCCACAGUCUUUUUCGACGGGGAGGAAGAAGCCCAGACGAAGCAGUUCUUCGUCGCUUACAUCAAUGCAGCGGAACGGCCCGCAGGUGUCAUGGACCGAAACGGCGUCGCGCUUGUGCCCGCAGAAUCCCGGACACACGAAGGGGCUGCGGUGUAUAGGAGGAUUGGGUUUGUGGCAUUCUGGGACAAGUUACUAAAGGGCGAUGGAGAUCUGGCAUUCUUGGACGAAACAGAGAAGACGGAGAUUGUAUUGGUGUGA